CCUCGUAUAUUAUUAACUUCUUUUCUUCUCCUACUUUCGUGUCAUCAUCUCUCUCUUUCUCUCUCUACAUAGAGUACUUCACUUCUUCACUUGAUCAUCAACACAAUUAUUUUUUCAUCAACUCAUUAUUUUUUUUAAGAGAAGGGUCUAGAAUUUGUGUUUUGAUCAUGCUGAGGGGUUCUCUUAUACUUCUCACAAGUGUUUGACUCCAUUGAAAACUUUUAAGAAUUGUUGUUACUUUUACAAUGGGUGGAGUUUGUUCCAGGAAGAGGGGUAACCAGGUCAAUGAAGACGGUGUACGUCUAGCGAUCAAUAGGAGAUACAGUAAAAAUGGGAGUUCUAAAUGGUUAUUGGGAACCCCCUUUUUAAGAACGAACUCUGGCUGUCAGCUUGAGGGCGUUAAUUGCCCUUCUUUGAUUGAAUUAUGCGUGCAUAAAACGCGUCAGGAUAUUGACAAAUAUUGGUCAUUUUCCAUGCUGCCAAGAGAUCUAAGCCAGCAAAUCUUCAAUGAAUUAGUCCAUUCACAUUGCUUAAAUGAUAUUACACUUGAAACUUUUCGCGACUGUGAUCUGCAGGAUAUUUGUUUGGGAGAUUAUCCUGGAGUCGAGGACAAUUGGAUUCAUGUUAUAUCUUCUCAAGGCUCUUCUUUACUAUCUGUUGAUCUUUCUGGUUCGGCUGUGACUGAUAAUGGGUUGUCUCUCUUGAAAAAUUGCUCCAAUCUUGAAGUUUUGACUUUCAAUUACUGUCAUUAUAUCACAGAAAAGGGUCUAAAACAUAUCAGUGGGUUUUCAAACCUCUCUUCAUUGAGUUUUAAGAGGAGUUCUGCGGUAACCGAUGAAGGAAUGCGUGCUUUUUCCAGCCUAGUCAAUUUGCAGGAAUUGGAUCUUGAAAGAUGUCCAGGAAUUCAUGGUGGCUUUGUUCAUCUCAAAGGUCUCGAGAAGCUCAAGACUCUUAACAUUAGGUAUUGCAAAUGCAUUAAAGACUCAGAUAUGGAGGCCAUUUCAGAAUUUACCAACUUGAGGGAGCUACAAGUCUCGUGCAGCGAAAUUACUGAUGCUGGAGUUUCUUAUUUGAAAGGUUUGCAAAAUCUUGUUUUGUUGAAUCUGGAAGGUUGCCUGCUCCUCAGCACUGGAUGUUUGGAUUCUAUUUCAGCUCUUGUGGCUCUGUCAUUCUUGAAUCUUAGUAGAUGUGGCUUCUCUGAUCAUGGGUGUGAUAAGCUCUCUGAACUCAAGAAUUUGAAAGUGCUCAAUCUGGCGUUCAACAACAUAACAGAUGCAUGCUUAGUUCAUCUUAAAGGUUUAUCAAAUUUGGAAACCUUAAACCUCGACUCCUGUAGGAUUCGUGAUGAUGGACUUGCUAACCUCGCAGGACUUUUGCUACUAAAAAAUUUGGAGUUAUCAGAUACCGAAGUUGGAAGCAGUGGACUACGAUAUCUAACAGGGUUGUUGAACCUUAAGAGCAUUAAUUUGUCGUUCACCUUGGUUACGGAUGCUGGUCUGAAGAAGUUGUCUGGGUUAAGUUCUCUUAAGUCACUAAAUCUUGAUGCUCGCCAAAUUACAGAUGUUGGUUUAGCUGCUCUGACAAGUCUUACUGGCUUGACUCAUUUAGAUCUUUUUGGGGCUCGAAUUACAGACGUAGGAACAAAAUGUUUGCCUUGCUUCAAGAACCUCCAGUCACUUGAAAUAUGCAGUGGAGGCUUGACCGACAAUGGUGUGAAGAACAUCAAAGAUUUAACUUCACUUACAUUGCUCAAUCUCUCUCAAAACGAAAGUCUCACUGACAGGACCUUGGACUUGAUUUCUGGAUUGACGGCAUUGGUAUCUUUGAAUGUUUCAAAUUGUCGCAUAACCAAUGACGGGCUGAAACACUUGAAGCCUUUGAAGAAUUUGCAUUCAUUGACAUUGGAGUCGUGCAAGGUAACCGCAUUGGAGAUAAGGAAGCUCCAAUCCACCGCCCUUCCUAAUUUGGUCAGCUUCCGUCCUGAAUAAGAUCACAGCUGCAACUGUGAAUAACUCAUUUUGCCGUAUUUGGCGUUGUAAAUAUGAUGACGAGGAGAAAUAAACGCACUUUUGAAUUAAGAUUUUAGAUUUAUGAAAUGAAUGGUUUGUGAUUUUGAGAAGCAACUUUGAUGGAUCCUUGUACAUAUAUAUUUAGUUUGAUUUUCCGUAUA